CGGGGCUGCGCCGCGUGGAGUGGCCUGGCCUAACAGCAGGGAGGGCAGAGCUAUGCUCUUUGACCUCCUAGAAGAGUCACGUGGGCUGACCCGGAGCCGGGGCGGAAAGGGUGCAUUAGUUUCUUCCGGGUCAUUGACAGAAGCGUCAAUUCCUGGGAGUAGUUUGUUGGUUUUCCCUUCAUGCUUUUGCCUGCUCCCGGCGAGGGGUGGCUUUGAUUUCGGAGAUGAGCUCCCAGAAAGGCAACGUGGCUCGUUCCAGACCUCAGAAGCACCAGAAUACGUUUAGCUUCAAAAAUGACAAGUUCGAUAAGAGUGUGCAGACCAAGAAAAUUAAUGCAAAACUUCAUGAUGGAGUAUGUCAGCGCUGUAAAGAAGUUCUUGAGUGGCGUGUAAAAUACAGCAAAUACAAACCAUUAACAAAACCUAAAAAAUGUGUUAAAUGUUUACAAAAGACAGUGAAGGAUUCUUAUCACAUAAUGUGUAGACUGUGUGCCUGUGAACUUGAAGUUUGCGCAAAAUGUGGAAAGAAAGAAGACAUUGUUAUUCCGUUGAAUAAAGAAACAGAAAAAAUAGAACAUACUGAAAAUAAUCUAAGUUCCAACCAUAGAAGAAGCUGCAGAAGAAAUGAAGAAAGUGAUGAUGAUUUAGAUUUUGAUAUUGAUUUAGAAGACACAGGAGGAGACCUUCAAAUGAAUUAAUAUCACUGUAUUAAAAGUUGGCCGGGCACAGUGGCUCACGCCUGUAAUCCCAGCACUUUGGGAGGCCAAGACGGGCUACACUCCAGC